UCUCUCUCUCUCUUCUCUCUCUCUCUCGACGAGUUUUUUUCGUCAAAAAACAUAGAUUUUUGUCUCUCAUUGAGAGUAUUUGUCCGACGGUUAAUUCCCGUGAAUUAUGGGGUUCUCAUGUCGGUUUUUGUCCGUUGAGUCAACUCUCUGGCGGUUAUCGUUUUGACGGUUUCUCAAACCGCCAUGGUUAUAUAAAGAUGCCUUCUCUCAUUCUAGUUCUCUUGUUGUUCAUAUUUUACUUCUCAAAAUGAUGAACGACAACUUAAGAAGAAAAAUGCAAGAAAUUGAUUUAGGUGUUCAUGAAGCACCGAUUGCUUUGCCGGCGGCGAUUUGUGCUAAGGCAGUACAAGCCAAUCGGUUCUCAAUUGUGGGAGUACUUGUCAAUCCCCAAAAACAAAAUAUGCGUGCUCUAAUCGGACAGAUGCCUCGUCUUUGGGGGCUUGCAGAUGAAGUUGUGGGUCGUAUUGUGGAGCCAACUAAGUUUCAGUUUGUUUUCCGAUCAGAGGAAGCCUUGAAUCUCGUUCUCCGUCAUGGGCCGUGGUCUUUCAGCGAAUGGAUGCUUGUGACUCGUCGAUGGGACGCAACCUUAACUCCAAACGACCUCAAAAUCAUACCUUUUUGGGUGCAAAUAAGAGGCAUCCGUUCACAGUUUCUCAACCGUCAGAUGGUGGAGUUCAUUGCUGAUCGUAUUGCCGACCAUAUUGGUCAAGUUCGUGCUAUUGAGUUUGAUGAAGCGGCGAGUCUUACAGACUAUGUUCGUGUCAAGAUUGACUGGAACAUUGAUCAUCCUUUAAAGUUUCAGAGGAACUUUCAAUUCAAUGUUAAUGAAAACACUACGUUAAAGUUCUGAUAUGAAAA